AUGUUGGCGCGCGCACACAGCAUGGAGGAGCUGCCGGCGUUGGUCGCUUUAUCCUGGCACUUUGCAAAGCAGGCAAGCAAGCACUGCGAAGCAAUUGGGCGAGAGGCUUUCAGGAGGUCAACUGAAUUGAGUCCAAAAGCUGUUUCACAGCUUUCUUGGAGUUUGGCUUCCUGCCGGAUUCAGGAUUCACUGCUCAUUCAUGACGUGGCCUUGUCCAUUGAAUUUCAUGCAGCUCGCUUCGAGGCAAGAGAUUUGGCAACGGUUACAUGGGCGGUAGCAACACUGCUUGUUAGCGCUAAAAGCAGAAGUUGGAGAAAGAUCCAGCUCCAGGCAAGGAAGAAGAUAAACUGCUGUUCAACACGUGACUUGUCGAUGAUGACAUGGGCCUUCUCCAAGUGUAAGCAAGUCGACAAAAGUGUAUUUGAUGCAGCGAUUGGCUUGCUUGCAGAUAUGGCCCCACAAUUUCGCCCCCAAGGCCUCACAAAUCUAUGCUGGGCCUUUGUCACAACGCGUUUCACCACUGGAGUGGAGGAAACCACAAAAGAGAUCCUCAGGAGAGGUAUCUCAGAGUUUUCUCCACAGGCCAUUUCAAUUCUUGCUUGGUGCAGCGCCACAGCUUUGCAAAGCUCGCCUCUGGUGAUGCGCGCAUUUCCACUUCUUGAACAAGCAGGACAGAACCGAAUAAGAGAGUUCAGUGCCCAGGGACUAUCAAACAUGUCUUGGGCGUUCUCGUCAGCAACCAUGCUCUCUGCCCCAUUUGCCGGUAAGCUUGGGGAGCAGGUGUUGAAACGUGUCGGCGAAUUUGCUUUCCAAGAAGUCGACUGGCUUAGCUAA